AUGCGAGCCUACAGCAGCCGGGAGAAGUGGGUUCUGGUCGGUGUGAUGAGGGAGGAGUGGAGGGCGAGCUGGUGCAAGCAGCGGUGGGAGGACAUGGGCACGCGGGACACGGAGCAUCCGCGCGUCAAGGCCGCGUCAGGGGAUGCAGCAGCAGAGCGGGAGCUGUCGUGGGCAGCGGAUCCAGAGUGGGCUUCUUACAAACUGGGAAUAUUCAUUUGUUUGAAUUGCUCUGGAAUCCAUCGCAAUCUUCCUCAGAUCAGCCGGGUCAAAUCCCUUCGGCUUGACUUCUGGGAGAACGAUCUUACAGAGUUUAUGAAGAAGCACGGGAAUGUCUGUGCCAAAGCUAAAUAUGAAGCGAAAGUCCCUCCCUACUAUUACAUCCCCCAGUCCUCUGAUUGCUUGGUUUUAAGAGAGCAAUGGAUCAGAGCUAAAUAUGAGCGUGAGGAAUUUGUUGCCACCCGAGUCUGCCAAGAUCCGUGUUCUGCAGGUAGCCGUGAAGGAUUCCUCUGGAAGCGUGGGCGGGAAAGCAGACAGUUCCAGAAGAGGCGAUUUCUCCUAUCAGCAAGGGAAGGGGUGUUGAAGUACUACACCAAAGAAUCCAGAGGUCCAAAAGCCAUUAUCAACAUUGAGAACCUGAAUGCAAUGUUCCAGACAGAGAAAAUCCAACAUGCUCAUGGGCUGCAGAUCACAUACAACACAGAUGGUCAAACAAGGAACCUUUUUGUCUACCACGAAAGUGGAAAGGAGAUUGUUGACUGGUUCAAUGCCAUUCGGGCAGCACGUUACCAUUAUCUCAGAACAAUCUUCUCAGCUGUCCCUGAGCCUGAGCUCAUACCCAGGAUCACAAGAAAUUACGUCAAAGAAGGAUAUAUGCAGAAAACAGGACCAAAACAGAAGGAGGCCUUUAAGGUGCGCUGGUUCUGUCUGGAUUCUCAAGAAAGGAACCUGAUGUACUUUAAAAAUCCACUGGAUGCAUUUGCACAGGGCCAGGUUUUUAUUGGAAGGAUGGAUGCAGGAUAUGAAGUACGAGCUGGCUUGCCCCAGGGAGUGCGGGUGAAGAAGAGGAAACCGGCGAUCACUGUGGUCACGCCAAUGAGAGAGUUUGUGUUUAUAUGUGAGAACGACAGGGAGCAGAGGGAGUGGAUAGAUGCCUUAAAUGGAGUCAUUGCCCAGCCUUUGACUGGUUAAGACUAGCACUGAAUUCUGGUGAACUGCACUUCUCAGGCUCUGUUCAGCACUGCUCUGUGGCCUCACUGUUGGCAAGGAUGGUGCUCAAAGCCCUGCAGUGACUCUGACAAAGGGCUUCUUCCUUCAACAGCCACAGGCACAGGAAGGGUGGCCACAGAGAAACGAG